UUAUUAUGAAAAGAGUUUUGGAGGCCAUAUUGAAGGAGUGGUUGCCCAUGCUGUUUGAUUAUCGAAAACAAACGCAACUUUAUGCGCGCACGAUUUAUUAUGGAGUAACAAAUCAGUAACUCGUGUUAAUAAAAGUCAUGGACGAACAACUUACUGAUGGAUACAGUGAGCCAUGCGGCCAGUGCGCUGCUGUGGACUGGGGAGUGUCAGACGAGGGACAGUUCUUCUGCAGGAGCUGCCACAAUGUGAUCGAGAAAACGAGGGAGGUGGUGGAUGUGAACACCCUUCAUAGUAAACACAGCAGGAUCUCACAAAUAACAAGACCCAAAAAGAAAAGACAAGAGAAUGAGCGAGAGUGGAUGAUAUGUGAGGGAUUUCAGUUCAUCUUGAAACACCAGGCCAAGGCUUUGGUCAGUCUCGGUGUCUGUAUGAAGUUUGAGACAGAAGUUUUGUGGAAUUUCUGGAAGAGAUACCUGCAGAACACACAGCAAGCUUUCACCAGAAAUCCAGUGUACACUCCAAGAUUUACGGUGUUCAUGAAGUCACAGAGUGAUUUGGAGUCUAACUCUCAAAGUGAGCAGUCUAAUCAUACUGAAGUUGCUUCAGAGAUGUCAGAAGAGAUGUCUGUCUCAGGUUACUCCAGUGAGGCACAGUCAUCAGUAUGUUCAGGGUCUUUAGAUGCUGCUGUGUACCAAAAUAUAAAGGGGACAAAAAUGCACAAUCUUAUGACUAUGCCACGGACACUGGCCCUGUGCUAUCUGGCUCUGCUGUGGGUCCGAGAGGCCGUCACUCUGGCUGACUUACUGAGGAUGGUCUCAGAGAGGCGUGUUCCUUACAUGAACAUUCAUGAGGCAUUUCCAGCGGAGAUGAGACUGUUCGGAAAAGAUGUCCAGUUCUUUAAUGUUCGGUACCUUCCGUCCUACUCGCUGGUUCAUAAAGAAGCUGUGACUCUGGCUCGGAUCUUGCAGUUACCCUCCUUUCCAACAGUUUCUCAGGAUUGCCUUCUCCACCCGUUACCACUCACUCUUCGCUAUCUGUUGGAGGCAAACCUCCCAAAUGAGCUUCAUGUUUGGGUCCACAAGGUUAUGAGACAGGCUGCUAUGGUGGACAGCAAUUUUCUGACCUUUGACCCCAGCAAGGAGAAGCCUCAUCUCUUGCGCUAUGACAUUCAAGCAGUAGCUAUCAUCAUUGUCGCCUUGAAGCUCCUUUUCAAGUUGGAUGAUCAUGUUGAGUGGAAGUUAUCUGAGGAAGCAGCCAAGAAGAAGAAAAAGAAAGUUUUCAAGUUAAAAAGGUGGUUUGAUGUUGUACAACCUGUCUUGGAGCAAGCCAGAAAGAGGGAAGAACGAGAGGAAGCUCAACGGCAAUGGGGAACCACUAAGCCUUUCAUUACAUCUUUGAAACGCAAGAGCUUGGUUCUCAAAAAAAGACGUGUCGCUGAACAUUUGGAGCAGAAAUUUCAGAAGUUUACAGACUCUGCACCAGAAGAGUCGUCUUCCUUAACAAACCAUCAUUCCAGCUUUCACUUCAGCUGGGGAAAGGAGGACGGUUCUGAUGGACCCAGUAUGUAUAAGAAACGUUUGGAAUGUACCUUUAAGAAAGAUGGGUUCAAGUACCUCUGCAACCGAAAAUACUGGCAUCCUGAACUGAGAUUAUGCCCACGCAAGACAUGUGGGGAUCAUUUCUCAGAAAUUGAGCCCAGUUUGCCCAGGAUGUACGUGUGGGUCCUUGAUCUCUUCUCUUUCAUUCUUGGAGUCCGUCAGGCAGAAGUGCACAAAGAGGUCCUCGGCGUUGAACGUCGUUUUUUGAAAAGGAAUCAUCAGCCCAAGAUUCAAUGGACUUUAACUUCCUGCGAAAAGAAGAAAAAAAGGUGCAAAACCGCAACCCAUGUUGUUAGAAAGAAAACCCGUGUUCAUGAAGAGAAUAUCACUGAUGGAGAAUGAAAUCUGCAUAUCAGUUCCCAAGAUCCCUUUUGUUUCCCUGCAUCAACAGCAGCAGAUUUGUUAUUUUGUCAUGUCAGAUUUUCACUUUUGAGCAUUAUUUUCAAUAUUGUCUUGUAGUAUUUUUUAUCUGUUAUGAGACUUGGAAUGAACAGUAUCCGUUUGCCUCAAAAGUAAAAAUUUUUAUGCAUUUUAUAUUUUGAUAAAUAAAUACACCACUUACA